CCCCAAGCCUCAAGCAAACAACUUCCACAAGCCAACCAACAACUACUAUGAGAGAGAGAGAGAGAGAGAGAGAGAGAGAGAGAGAGUUCUAAGAGUUGUUUGAAGAGCUUUAAUUUGGGCUUUGUACUCUUGUCUCCACGUGUGAAAGGUGGAAUAAUUGACAUAGAAUAUAAUCAAUUAAAUAUUAAUAAUUCAAGCAAAUAAGGUGGUAGUUAAUUCUUCUUCUUCUUCUUAUUAUUAUUAACCUCUCUGAUUUUUUAUGAUUUUAAUAUUCGUUGUAGUCGUUGUUCAAUGAUAAGGAGGUUGUUGUUGUUAUUGUGAUCUCUUGUAAAUCGUUCUUGUCUCCGUUUUGGGUGGUAUUGGGUUCAGAGGAUUGGGGCCUCCUCUGCUCUGUCAAGUCUCUCUCUCUCUCUCUCUUGUGCUCUCCAGUACAGAGGGCACACAUACAUUACCUUCUUUUCUGGGGCUUUUCAGUGGUCAUUCUACCUUGGAAGGUGCUGGUAAUGGUUUGUUUUUAAAAAGCUCUUCUACUGGUAGAUUCUGAGGCAGAGAAAGAAUAACAUGGCUACUUUCUACUCAAGUUUAAGCAAUCCAAGAGACGUCUUUCCGGCUUCAUAUCUACGGGACCAGAAACUUGCUUCUAAUCCUGAACCGCCUCAUCUUCCUCACAACAUGAUGUAUCCAAACCAACCAUCUAAUGGGUCCUAUUCAGAGCUCUUCUCUGGGAAUUCUCUAUCACUUCAUGACUGUGUUCGAGGCCCAUCUGCCGGAGCCAGAGGCGAGGGUGAACCUGUAAAUGUGGAAUCGACCCAUGGCCAACUAAAUGAAGAUUCCCAGAUGGUUUCAAGAACGCCGGUCUAUGUUAUAGAUGGUGAACAAAAUUUAAUGUGCCAAGGAUUGUCGCUCAGCCUUGGGACUUGGCUACAAUCUGGAGUUCAUACACCUUCAUUGCAGUACCAAUAUACUGACCCAAGUGCUUCUUUGAUGAGCUCCCAUUUUCAAGCUGAGAACGGUUGUCAAAAUAAAGAAUCAAGAAAUGAUGAAUACUUGUCAUAUAAUUUACCUGGAGGCACGCACAACACGAUCAAAGUGGGGGCUUUGAACAACGCAUAUUGCUCGGUGGGCGCUAAUGAAAUGCAUUCUAGUCCUCAUAUGUAUGAACCGUCAAAUCUUGUUAGCACAAUUUUUAACUCUAAAUAUCUCAAGGCAGCACAGCAAUUACUUGAUGAAGUAGUUAAUGUUCAGAAAGCUCUGAAACAAUCUCAGACUGACAAACACAAAAAAUCGGAUGAAUUUGGUCUUCAUGACGACAACGAAAUUGACAUGAAAGUGAAGGGGGAUUCUGCUGAUCCCCACGAGUCAACUACCGACCACUCUUCUGAACUUUCACCAUCAGAACGACAGGAUUUGCAGAACAAGUUGACAAAACUUUUGUCCAUGGUGGAUGAGGUAGAUAGAAGAUACAGGCAAUAUUACCAUCAGAUGCAGAUUGUGGUUUCAUCUUUUGAAACGGUAGCUGGAUGUGGUGCUGCUAAACCGUACACAGCCCUUGCCCUCAAAACAAUUUCUCGCCACUUUCGUGGUUUGCGUGAUGCAAUCAAUGGCCAAAUUCGAACUACCCAGAAAAACUUAGGGGAGCAAGAUGCUACGCGUGCUGGUCAAGGAGGAUUACCUCGUCUCCGCUAUGUGGACCAGCAACUCAGGCAAAAAAGGGCGCUUCAACAGUUUGGCGUGAUGCAACAUUCUUGGAGGCCUCAGAGAGGACUUCCUGAAACUUCUGUUUCAAUCCUUCGUGCUUGGCUUUUUGAGCAUUUCCUUCAUCCUUACCCAAAGGAUUCAGAAAAGAUCAUGCUAGCAAGGCAGACGGGGCUAACCAGAGGCCAGGUUGCAAACUGGUUUAUAAAUGCCCGGGUGCGUCUCUGGAAGCCGAUGGUUGAGGAGAUGUACAAAGAAGAGUUUGGUGAGGUAGACUCCAAAUCUUCACCCGAAAAUGCAUCCAAAGCAGCAAGAGACAAGUCAUGGCCAUCUGAGGAUAUGGUUGAAGAGUUGCAAGAAAGCACGACGACCAAAGCUGCAGAUGGUGGGCAGUUGGGCCAAUUCGAUGACUCAAAGUCCGAUCUUAUCCCUGAUGUGGGAAUGCAGGGGUGCACGGCAAGACUAGGCUUUCAGAACGGUGCUUGUGGAGAUAACAACAUUGAUUGUUUGCAGGAUGACCAAAGACCUAAUAUGGAUAACCAUAAUCUCUUACCGGAUGGGAUUAUCAGUGCUUCUGCUUCGUAUAAUAUCUCGGAGUUGGGUAAUUUUUCAGUGGGCGAACACGUGUCGCUCGCUUUGGGGUUGCGGCAUUGUGAAAAUGAUUCUCUGUCCAUGUCCGGUGCGAUUCAAUUCAGAGGGGAUUUCACAGCAGCUUCAUCUGUGGGCUAUGACACAUCCGUUAAGCCAACAACGUAUGAUCACUAGCCCCCCACCUGUUGCCAUAUUUUUGUGCCAUGAAAACUGAUUUUCUGCUAUUUUGCGAUUGACAAAUCAAUCUUCUUGUGAGGAGGAAGCCGUAGUACGAUAAGAAGGAAAAAAUCAAAAAAAAGGGAAAGCAUGGAAGAAUUGCAUUAGUUUGCCUUUCAUCUUGUUUGUCAGCCCAUUGAAAAUGGAAAUAAGCAGUGUAAAUAUGGAUUAUUGAUAUGGGCUUAAAUACAUACCAUAUGUUGUCUGUAAUAUAGCAAAAAGUUUGGUAAGAUUGUAAAGAUACAGUAUGUGUAUACAUCUAUGUAAUUUUGUUGAAUAAGGAGACUUGUACACUAGAAUAAGUGUGGCAUUCAUGUACCAUCUAUUUUGAAAUAAAUUUUAGUAUAACCCCUCCAAUGUGAAGUUAUUUA